CAGGCGACAUGUGGAACUGUGCGGGGGUCUGCGGGGCGAGUCCGUGUGACCAGCAGCGAUUUCAGAAGCGCUCGUCGACAGUCAGGCUCAGCGGUGACAGAGUCUGAGCGACGGUUCUCCACAGCAACGAGGGAGAGAAUGUAAAUAGAGGAUUUUGUUUCUACUUGUCGGUACAACGCAGCAGAAAGACAAGAAGGAGAAGACGAAGAAAAGUCACUCACAAAGAUUUUGUCAUGAAGAAGGACAUAGAUGCAUUGAUAGCAGAGGAACGCACUGAAAUCAUCUCUAAAUAUGACAAGGGCAGGCAGGACGGUGUCAAAAUUGACCCAUGGGAAGAUGCUGACUACAGCAUCUUUAAGGUCACUGACCGCUUCGGCUUCCUGCAUGAAGAAGAACUGCCAACACCCAGUGCGCUCGAAGAGAAGCAAAAGCACCAGGAGAUUGAGCGAGUGGAGAAAUGGCUGAAGAUGGUGAAGAACUGGGAAAAGUACAAGAACAGUGAAAAGUUGGCCAAGCGUGUGUAUAAAGGCAUUCCUCUGCAGCUGAGAGGCCAGGCGUGGGCCUUGCUUUUGGACAUAGACAAAGUCAAAGGGGAUAACCAGGGCAAAUAUGAGAAAAUGAAGCAGCAGGCUCGAAACUUCUCCACAGAGAUCAAGCAAAUCGACUUGGACGUCAACAGAACCUUUAGGAACCACAUUAUGUUCAUGGACCGCUUUGGAGUCAAGCAACAAGAGCUGUUUUACAUACUAGCAGCUUACUCCGUCUACAACACGGAGGUCAGUUACUGCCAGGGGAUGAGUCAGAUCGCUGCCAUCUUGCUCAUGUACCUGAAUGAAGAAGAUGCUUUCUGGGCUCUGUCCCAGCUCCUCACCAACAACAAGCACGCCAUGCAUGGCUUCUUCAUCCCAGGAUUUCCCAAGCUGCAUCGUUUCCAGGUCCAUCAUGAUCUGAUCCUCUCUAAAAUGCUGCCUAAGCUAAAGAAACACCUGGAAAAGGAGCAGAUGACAACAGGGAUUUACACUACCAAAUGGUUUCUACAGUGCUUCAUUGACAGAAGCCCUUUCACCCUCACUCUGCGUUUAUGGGACAUUUACUUACUGGAGGGGGAGAAGGUGCUCACGGCCAUGGCGUACACGACCCUCAAGUUACACAAGAAGCGUCUGCAGAAGUUUCCGCUGGAGGACCUGAGGGAGUUUCUCCAGGAGCAGCUGUCUACUUCUUUCUUCCUGCCUGAUGAUGCGGUGAUUGAACAGUUACAGGCUGCUAUGUCUGAGCUACGCGGUAAAAAGCUGGACAUUUCUCCUGCAGCUAAGUCAGAUGAGCUACCAAAGAAACCUCUGGGACAAGAGAGACCUGUUCUCCUGAUGCCACUGCAGCUGGAGGUCAAAGUGAAUCUGCAGCCCCCAAGCCAGCCAGACGCAGAGACCCAGCCAACAGACAGCAGCGACCUACACCAGGCCCCUCGUCCUGAGGAGCCACAGGAUUCAGGAAGCAUCUCCAGGGCAAACACGCCUUCGUUGCAUUCACAAGAUCCAGUUGUAGUUCACACACCUUCCCCACCUGUGAAGCCUGUUAGAGCACCACCUUUACCUCCAAAAGCAAGGGUUGGGAUGGACAGAGGUGUGAGCCAGUCGCUCCUGCUGAGUAGCCAGACUGAGGACACAGGAGGACUGAAGAGCCAGCCUGGAGACCCAGAGGCCCAGGAAGCGCCUGUAGAAUGGCCUCCACCCUAUGAACUCCCUGCUCUGGAAACUAUUACGCAGACAGAAGAAGAAAUCAUGCACCUUCCAGAUCUGCCACCUCCACCUUUAUUUUACCCUGAGCAGAUUGACCAAAGGCACCUGGAUAAUGAAUUAUCCUGUACAGGAAAUGGAAGUGGUCCAGUGAUCCGGUGCCACUCUCCUUCUCCUCGCUCCGAUUCACCACAGGUUGCUCAAAUGAAGCUCUUUCCAAAACCAAGCAGGAGUUUUGAUACUGCACAGAAAAAAUCUCCUCCCUCAAAGCCGUCCCCUCCUUGUGCUUUGUCCUCCUCUUCCUCUUCCUCUCCCAGACUUCCUCCCCCUAAGCCGACCAAGUUCCCAGUCUCCCUCUAUGUCCCUGUGCAUGCAGGCGACCGGCGACCAUCCAACACCUCUCAAUACGACAACCUGUCUGAGGUUGAUGAGGAUGAUCGCUAUGUGGAGAGGCUGCUGGCCUCCACUCCUGAGGAAAUAACCAGCAUGCAUAGCAGUCGUCCACAUAUAAUAAACAGAGACUAUGACCCUGCCGUCUACCCUGUGCCUCCGCCGCCCGUCUUCAUCCCUUCGUCACCUUCUUCUGUUCCCCCCUCCUUAUGUGCUCUCCGUAGUUUGCCACAGGAACCUGAAUAUGAAGGUGAGAACAGCUGGGUGGAGGACUCCAUCGUCAUUCCUCCUCCUCCACCUAAUUUUGCCGACAGACUCUCUCCCUUCCAAUGUAGCUCUGCCAGCAGUUCAGACACACACAGAGCCACCUCGCCCAGUUACUCUAAGCCUUUCGCUAGGGGCCCCAGGGACCAUUCUGCCUUCCCAGCACCUCUCUUGUACACCGGGUCUCCACCGAGUCAUUCCAGGCCCUCAGGACAGUCUGCAGUAGGGGCACCUUUGGUUCGAACCAGCCCAGACUUUUGCAGAAUGCCUCCAGGUGGACAGCAGCUGCCCAAAUCAGUGACCUUUUGAAAGUCUCAAGUAUGAUACGAGAGUGAUUGUUUUCUCCCUAAACUCUGUUAAUGCUUGAUCCAUUUUCAAAUGCAAUUUAAGGUAAAAAUGGCCAGUAGCUAUUCAGUGUGUGUUUGUGUGUGUCUGAAAAGCCUUUUUUUUCCAUUGAUAUUUACAGAUUUAUGUGAUAUUUGCACCUUUUUGUGAAAGUGUGAAACUUGUAUUUAAAACUGCUGUUACUUUUUUUUGCUGCCUAGAAACUGAGGGUAUUAUGUUAUCUCCUCUCGUCAUGAGACUUUUACACAGCAACGAGAUGAUCUAAUACCAGCUUCCCAUUUCUUCAUCUGAAAAGUUAGUUUCAGUUAUGUUCCAACAAAGUGUCUUAACCUGAUCAUGGAGCACUGAGUGAAGCAACUCUUAACUCAAGGGCUUUUGUGGCUGCAGCGCAACGUCACUUUUGCCAAAGCACCCACAGCCUAUUCAUUUAUACUAC